CAUCAUUCAUACUCAGCUUGCCCCACUAAAAAGGAGAACAAAGAGAGCCCAGAAAACCAAAACUUCAACCACACACACUGAAAACACACACUCAGAGCGACAUAUACAUGUUCUUUCACACUACAGAGACAUAAAGCUCUGUUCUUUACUCCAAGAAUUACAAUUCUAUCAAAAAACAAGUCUUCAAGCUUACAUUUUUUGUGCGUUUGAGAAUGGAGAAAGUUGUUGUUGCUGUUAACUGCGAGCUUAAAGCUUGUGGGAUAGUGUAGAACUCUCCUAGUUUUUUUUCCCUUGUUCAGCUGGGAAAAAGAGAAUUCUUUUUCCACUUCUCUCCAGUUUCCUUCUCUCAUUUUCACUUUCUUUUCCUUUUCUCUCUCAAGAAUGGGUUGCAAGAGAAUGAUAGCUGGGAAUUUGGAUCCAGAGAGGAAAAGGAGUGGUGGGUUGAGAACAAAACAGGCAGGGCGUGGGUCUUGCAGAGGAAGUUAGGCUAAGGCCCUCUUGCUAUAUUGAGGAGAAAGAAGUAUGUUUUCCCUCAGGGAGGAAUAAUCUUAUAUUCCUCUGUCCUCUCAGGUCCUCAAGUGAAUCUUUCGGUAUAUCUUUCAUAUAUAGAUACAUUCUUCAAGAAUAUUCAUAUUCUGCUGCUGCUCCAUUAAAUUGUUGUGAUGGGGUACUUGUUGAAAGAGGCUUUGAAGACUCUUUGUGGAGUCAACCAGUGGUCUUAUGCUGUUUUCUGGAAAUUUGGAUGCCAAAACCCAAAGCUUUUAAUUUGGGAAGAAUGUUAUUAUGGGCCACCAUCAUGUUCCGGGCUUGCAGGGAUUUCUGGAAAUGGGAAUCCAGAAAUUUCUUUUCAAGGCUACGAUGCUUCUUGCGUUUUCGCUGAAACUCUUCACUCACAGCACAAUAUUCCAGCAGGGAAUAAGGUGCAUUUGCUUGUGAAUGAGAUGAUGAUGGACAAUCAUGUCAAAAUUGUAGGACAAGGGUUGGUUGGAAGGGUUGCAUUUACCGGAAACCAUCAGUGGAUACUAUCUGAAAAUUAUUAUAAAGAAGCCUAUCCACCAGAGGUUCAAAAUGAGGUCUGUCAACAAUUUUCAGCUGGCAUGCAGACUCUUGCAGUUAUCCCCGUUCUUCCACAUGGCGUAGUUCAAUUUGGUUCAUACUUAACAAUUCUGGAGAAUAUGGGAUUCGUGAAUGAUGUGUUGUCAUUAGUGCAUCAGCUGGGAUGUGUGCCUGGUGUCUUGCAACCUGAAAUUUAUGUAGCAAACGAACGCGCUCCGACAAUUGGGGUUCCCUUAUGUACUGCAUAUUCCACUCCAGGCGAAUUGCCUCUUGAAUCAAAUAUGAUGAAUGCCUCUUCUUUAUCCGCUGACAGUUUUAGAUAUGUUGGAUGCUCAGCUCAAUCUUCUGUGUUUAAUAGUCAAAUGUCAUAUUCUUUAACUGGUGAAAUCCAGAACGAGAUGCGUCCUGGUGCAGCUUUGCAAGCUUCAAACUCAAGCUCAUCUCGUUUUAUGCCUCAUGGUCUCCACGAGGAAGCCAAAGUUGCUCGAGCAGUAAAGUGUCGGACAAACCAAUUUAUGAACGGAGUGGUUAAAGCUGAAGUUAUCCCAUCAAAUUUAGAUACGUGGACAAAUCAAAAUUCUUCUCCACACAUCCCUAGGUCCAUAAAUUCCGGUUCAAAUGAAGGUUUUGUCGGGCUCCCAUCUGUUGAAGCAAAUGGACUAUGUGAAGGCGCAUAUAUGAAUCCCCUGUCAGGUACAGAUUCUUUUUCAAAUGGUACCAAGAAACCCUGUGAAAAUAUCAUUUCCAAGAAUCCAACUUCAAGCGGGCUUAAAAAUUUGAAUCUGACUAAAACAGAGGCUUCUUUCUCUGAUUCUGUUGACCAUUUGACAACAGAUUCUUUGCUUACUUAUUGCUCUGGUACUGAACAUUAUCACAUGAACGAGAAGGUUGCCCAAAGUGACUUAUAUCCCUGUAAGGACAAGAUAGAACAAAAUGCAAUUGAUGCUCAUGAUAUUCCUCUGACUCGAGAUAAUGAGCAUCUGAACAUGGCUGAGCUCAUUCCUGGUUUUGUUGAAGAUUACAGAAAGCAGAAAAUUGAUCCAGUUACUAAUACCAAUUACAAUGAUUCAGGCGCCCAACCUCAAUCAGGAGAUGAUUUGUUCGAUAUUUUGGGUGCUGACUUUAAGAACAAAAUGCUCAGUCAUAGCUGGAAUAGUUGUCUGAGCAAUGGACCAGCCACAAGUACGCAUAACUGGGAUAAGAAUCAUUCUGCAUGUAAAACGAGUCUGGCUUCUUCAGAAAUACAUUCUACUAGCCAAGGGAACUCAGAAAGUGGGAUUUUCUCCUCAACUGGAACUGACCAUCUCCUGGAUGCUGUGGUCUCUAAGGUUCAUCCCUCUGCUAAGCAGACAUUGGAUGACAAUGUUUCGUGCAGCACAACGUUGAGUAAUAUGGGUAGUUUGUCGGCCCACAAGGCUUUGCUCCCGUGUGGACAGUUUGGGAUUUCUGAUCAUGCGAACGGAGAGUUAUUGGGCAUUCCCAAGUAUCUGGCAAAAGCAGGGGCAAUGAGCUCUUUCUCAUUGAGAACUGGUUCUUCCAAAGAGCACUCAGGAGCCUAUUCCCAGUGUAGUAACGUGUAUGAUUCAUGGAUCGAAAAUGGUCAUAACUCGAAACAGAACAACAGCGCGUCUACUGGAUAUUCUAAGAAAGCAAAUGAAACGAGUAAAACAAACCGUAAGAGGCUCAAACCGGGUGAGAAUCCAAGACCUAGGCCAAAAGAUCGCCAAAUGAUCCAAGAUCGUGUGAAGGAAUUAAGGGAAAUUGUGCCUAAUGGGGCAAAAUGUCUUGUUUUGUCUCUACUCGAACGUACUAUCAAACAUAUGCUUUUCCUGCAAAGUGUCACAAAGCACGCUGACAAGCUAAAGCAAACUAUGGGGUCCAAGAUUAUUAGCAAGGAUGGUGGUUUGGUUUUGAAAGAUAAUUUUGAAGGAGGAGCAACAUGGGCCUAUGAAGUAGGAUCACAAUCUAUGGUCUGCCCAAUCAUAGUCGAGGAUCUAAAUCAGCCCCAUCAAAUGCUUGUGGAGAUGCUCUGUGAAGAAAGAGGCUUGUUCUUAGAAAUAGCUGAUAUAAUUAGAGGACUGGGAUUAACAAUCUUAAAAGGGCUCAUGGAAACUCGAAAUAACAAGAUAUGGGCACGCUUUGCUGUAGAGGCUAAUAGGGAUGUUACGAGGAUGGAGAUAUUCCUCUCAUUAGUUCGCCUCUUAGAGCAAAACGCAACAGCCGAUAUUCCACAACCCAAUGACAUUAGCUGCGACAACAUGAGGGUUCAACAUUUUCACCAAGCUGCCUCGGUUACUGCAACCGGUAGAAUCCAUAGUUCACAGCAAUCAAGUUGAUGACUAGAUAUGUCCAAGAUAUGUUACGAGCGGGCGAAUCAGAGGCUCACCAUGACUAACAUUUCUUCUGAAAUAACAUUUGUUGUUCCGAUCCAUGACUUCGUCCGCGAGCAAAACUGUUGCUGAUGUUUGGUUUGCAGCAGCCUAGACAGAAUUCGGCAAAGGAACUGCUUCGAGGGUCUGAUCAUGCAUUAUCAACCGUAACUUGUAAUUGGAAGUACUAAGUAGUUGUCUGUUUUAUCCUUGUGUUACACUACUAGUUCUAGUACUUGGAUUGAUGCGCAGGUGGAUAAGGAAAUAGAGAGCAAGGUGUCAUCUUGGUUUGCAGCAGUUUCUUGAUCUACUAAUGUAUAGUAAGGAUGGGGUGUGAUAAUUAGGACAAUUGCUUCUUCAUUUUACACUUCUUUCUCAUUAAUGUAAGAUUUUCUGGACUUUCUUUUGUCUUCAA